AUGAUCAAGGAAAGAGAAACCGAACUUUAUGAAGUCAUCCAAAAGUUCGAAGAAAGGAUUUCUGAGCUUGAAAGAAAUUUCACAACAGCUAAGCGAGAAGUCUCGCAAACAGCCGAACAAAUGAUUGCAAACAUUCGACAGCGCGAGCAAGAAGCGAUUGUAUCCAUAGAAACAACGCGUGUGUCGAGACUUGAGAGAAUAAAUGAGGCUAAACAGGAAACGGAAUCCUUGGUAAAACAAAUACGCCAAGCAGCUGAGUUUGCGGCAAAUCUGGUAGAAAGAGGUUCACGCACUAAUAUUAUGCAGACCAAGGAAAAUUUGAAGCAAAAAAUUCAAGGGCUUCGAGGAGUUGAAUGCCCAAAGCAUCACCAGACUACAUUCGUUAAAUUUUUCCCAACUUCUCAACAAGAUUUUACAAUGGGUGUUAUCGAGGUCAUUCCGAAAAUCGUAAAUCGAUCACACAUUGAAGGCCUGAAUCAAACGUUUCAGGCUUGCGUAGAGGGAGAGUUAACGUUAUGCCCGAAAUCAGAGGAAGGAGAGACGAUUAACCAGUCUGAUCUUAAAGAUCAAGUUGAAUUUCUGAUAAAACCCGCUAAUGAUGUUACCAACGUGACCGUUCAAGAAAGAAAAGACGGCAAUCUUAGGCUGAAGUUUACACCUAAACUCCCUGGUGCUUACAGCGUUGAGGUGAAGAUUAAUGGCGAAACGCUUUCGACCUGUCCGUUCACUUUGGCAGUAAAAGAACGCGAACUUGUCGUAGUCGGUGAAUUGGACCUAAAGUUCAACCAAGGGCAGGAGUUCAAGACACGAAGCGGAAUCGCUAUAAACAGGCAAACCUUUGGACAAAAAGGUGAAAAAAAAGGACACUUUAAGAAUCCACUGAGUAUUUGCCUUAACGAUGCAGAACGUAUCAUUGUCACUGAAUUCCUUAACAACAGACUUCAAGUUCUGUCAAAAAAGGGCAAAACUAUAUCCACAAUAGGAGACAGUGGUCCAGAGAGACUAGGCAAACCAUACAUCUGUAUUCCUUAUAAAAACAUUUUCCUGGUAUCAGAAAAACAGAAUAAAUGCAUAAAAGUAUUUGAUGUGUCAGGAACUUUCUUGUACAAGUUUGGCGAGGGAAUCAAGAUGGUCAAUUCAACGAACCUCGUGGCAUGUGUUUAG